GUUCUUAGUCUUUACUUAAACUUAGUUGCAGCAAUGCCAACAAUUUUGCUAAUACAAUCGCUAAUUUUAAUGCCCAGCAUUAUAGCAGCUGGAAAACAUAGAUCGCCCUCUUGGAGGCAAGAGUCAAACUUUGAUAAACUUGUAACAAGCAGUGGCGACAACAAAGAUAAAAAAACAUUCAGAUUUCAACCAGCUGAAAAUGCUGUAAUGUACAUAAAUUAUCCCAAGCGAACUACAGUCAGCAAAAAGACAACAAAGGAGCCUCAGUACUUUCUUAACUUUAUGUUUAAUAACAAUGGCAAGCCCAAAAUGACUUUAAAAAAUAGAGACUUGCAUAAUACAGCUAAGAAGCUGCCACUGCAAAAGGAGUUGCCACUAAGAAGUGACGAAGCAAGUGUUUAAUUAAAUAUGUGUAAUUAAAAAAUAAAACAUUU